ACCUCUCUUCUUCUUCUUCUACCCCAAAUUUCAAACCCCACUACUCCAAAACCUCAGAUCAGAUCUCCAAUGGCAGACCCCACAAAUUACUCCCAAACAGAGCGCAUAGUCCUCCUCAUCGACCUCCACCCCCUCCUCCAAAACCCUAAUUACCUCACCCCCAUCCUCGCCGCCGCCCGUACCCUCCUCACCUUCCCCCCUCUCUCCUCCUCUCUCUUCGCUUUCAACCUCUUCUUCUCCUCCCUCUCUCCCCUCCUCUCCUCCUCCUCCCUCCACCGCCUCCUCCUCAACAAACCCUCCCCAGCUUCCCUCUCCUUCAACGGCCCCUUCGAAACCCUAACUUCCCUCUCCGAAACCCUAACUUCUCUCUCCAACUCCCCGAUCACAACAGAAUUGGUGAAUUCACCACCUCGUGCCUCGCACGUGACUGGUUCCCUGCUUCGGAUCGCGCAUGAUUAUGCUUGGGAGCUGCGAGGGGAAGAAGAUCUUUCAGGUAUGUUGAACGAAUCCCCCAUUUUUGUUCGAUCAAAUUUGGUUCUGGUUUUGUCGCCAGUCAGUAGAUCGCUGAGAUGUUUAGCGGAAUUUAUGAAUGUUGAUGUGGAGAAUGAGUUGUUGAUGAACGUGGAUGCGUUUUGCAAGAAAUUUCGUGAGCAUUUUAGUGGUGUGAAUGAUGCAUAUGCUGAUAGAGAUAUCCACUGUAGCUGGAUUGAUGUUAAGUUUGAUGUCGAGGAUAGUGUAGAAAAGGUGGAGAUAGAUGAACAUGAGGUGGAAAUGGAGUUGCUCAGAAAUGGGAUUAGGAGUUUAGGUUGGGGGUUUUGUUCAACUGAUUCAAUUGUAUUGGGUUCUGCUAUUAUCCCAUUUGAUAUGAUUUACCCAAUGAUUGGCAAUUCAUCAAACAAUCUGUAUCGUAAUGACUUAUGUAAACCUGUCAAUGCACAUCUGACUCUUGAGAUCUCAGAUGUGAGUGGAAAACCCUUAGAAUGCAAUUGCUGUGAUCUUGAAUUGCUCAAUUUGAAGAAGCUACCUAGACUUAUGCCUGCUGAUAUUGUGCAUACCCGAGAAUUCAGAAACUUGGAGAGUGAAGCACUUGAACAAGAUAAAAUAUUUCGUGGACAAUUUGAUCAUGGAAAUACAAAGCUUCGUAUUAAAGCUGUUCAAAAGUGCAAUAAGGAUGUGAGAAUUGAGGGGGGCACAUCUAAUCUCGUUCUGGUGCGAACCCAUUUGGGAGAAUCGUGGAAAAGUAAGAAGAAAAAACGUUGCAAUUUUUUCGUUGAUAGGGUUCUUGAAAUACUCUCGAAUGAAAUGGGUGAGUUUGUUCAUAGAGAAACCACACCUAUAUGGCAAAUUCUGUUAAGUUUUCUUUGUAGAAAAGGGUACAGGGCUAUAGUGUCUCUUUCAAAUGGAAAUGGGGAGUCAUUCAUGGGUAUCCUCAAGCCUUAUACAGCUCAUUUGGCUCUUCUCUCUCUCCUAGAUGACGAGCAUGUCAUGGAGUCUCAGUUUCGGGGACUGGAAUUUCCCAAGUCAGAUGAUAAUGUUUGCAAGCUCUAUGCUCUUUCGCACAAUGCAAAUAGCGCUAGCUCUCAAUCAGGAACUUUGUCAUCCAGAAAUAAAAUCCCACUAGGUGAUCCAAUUAGAAAGAAGAACAGUAAACAAGUUUUCCAGGACCUAACCUGGAUCUCCUUCUAUAAGGCAGCCUUCGAAUGCUCCGAAUUUGAGUUGGAGGAGGCUUACUUCGCCUGCAAAUUUAACAAGUCAAAGAAGUUGAAGUUUUUGAAAUGCUGGGUUAAACAGGUCACCAAGGGUAGCUCCGAUUGCUUAGCCGAACCAGAUGAAUCAAAGUUAGGUCAUCACAUUGAAGGAGAAAUAGAUCCAAGAGUAACUGGCACAGACCAAGACAGUGAACAAAUGAUCCCCUUGUUUUCUUCAGAUGAACCUUUUAAAAUACAAGGAGGAACUGCUUUUGCUUCUUGUUCAGAGACUUUGGAAUCCUUCUUCAGUAAUCUUCCUAAGAAGAUUCAAGAUGGACUUGAAUCCAAAGGAGUGGACUUGCAAAUAUUGGCUGAACGAGUUGUAAACUUGUCCAUUUACUGGUUAUACCAAAAGAAUGAAGCCGAUAAUACCAGGGAGAAUAGAAGCCCAGCAGUAAAAUCAGAUGAUUCUCGUGACAAGAUAAUUGCAGGUAAUUUGACAAAACUUCUACUGAAGGAGCCCAAGGAAAUGAAGGAGAAGCACAAGGAUAAUGAUCCAUCCAUUUCUGCAUCUGAUUCAGGAUCUACAAGUUUUGCUUUGGAAAAAAUAGUUAGAGAAUAUGAAUUGCAAAUCUUGCUUCGGAUGGAGAUACUCAGGUCAGAGGUUGCAGCAACUAUUGAUUCAUCUACAAAACGCAACCUUGUGAAGCAGAUUUGCUUGCUUUUGGAUAUUAUUCAGUACAUUGUGGAUGGAGGCUUUCAUGGGCAUCUGAGCCUGUAUGACUAUGUUGAGAAAACCAUAAAGACCAGGUACUCACAUGUUCUUGCGAAUGUAGUAAAUAAAAUCUAUGCACAAAUGGAUCUGCUGCCGUAUAGUGAUGAAAAUGAGUACCCGAAUUUGCUACUCAACAGCGAGGACAGUAAUCACUCUUGGAGAGAGAAAGACAGAUGUGCAACGGCUGAAACUAACAGAAUUCACGAUUCUAUGUCAGCAGAAGACGAGUCCUCCCAACCACCGGAACAUGAUUUGGAGAGUCCCCCAGAUGUCAAGACAGCGGAGCAUGCCCGCAAGUUAAGUGAGGCUCAGGAGAGGAGAGAGAGGGCUCGAAGAUUUGUUUCCUUCACAACUUGGGUGCCAGAUUUACAGAGGGUUUGGGCACCGAAGCAGCCCCCAAAGGCAAUAAGAGCAAAAUCUGAGUCUUUGAAGAGACGGCCAAAAAGGAAGGAACGAAGUACGGGGAACCGCGAUGUAGUCUGUGAGACCCCAGUAGUAUGUGAGACCCCUAUGAUGGGGAGUAAACAUAGCGGGAGUAACCCCUCCGUUUCGGUUUCUAAGGCUUUGUUUCAAGACGACGGGUGAUGCAAAAGGUUCAGCAACACUUCUGAUUUGCCUGAAUAACGAAUCACGCACGCACAAAUUUGUAUGUAAUAACAAUUAGCCUUCAUGCUUGUGCCAAUGGAACAUCACAUGCAUGCAGUAGCUUCAACCCAGAUUAACUGGUCUUACCCAUUAGAGUUAUUCAUCUUGAGCCAAUGAUAAUGUUUUAGUACCUUAAACUUGUCUGACCUCCAAAUGUUGUAUCACUAAGCUUAUAUGGUUACCAUGUACUUGUAGUAUUGUAUAAUAAGAUGUAUCCUAGAUUCAGGUUUGUUCCUCAGCUCUGCAAUUGAAUACAAUCUUUUGCUGUC